UUCUACAAGGUUUCCUACAGAAUUAGUAAGUGUGGAAAUGGAGCCGAGCUGGAGUACGUUUCUUUUUCAACAGGCCAAUGAAGCCCUCCACCACCAGCACCAUGUGGCCCAGAACAGCCUUCUGCCACUUCUCAAUGCAGGAGCCGAACAAAUCGACCAAAAGCCCAUCCUGCCCAUCCACAUGGACCACAAGCCCCCGACCAGUGCCGCGGAUCUCCUCAAAGACAAUGUGGCCAGCGGAGGAGGCGGGCGGCCGCCAGUGCCUGUGAUAAAGAAGGAGCACAAGGGCAAGACGCCGUUUGUCUGCGGCUACUGCAACAAGGCCUUCCGCGACAGCUACCACCUGCGGCGCCACGAGUCCAGCCACACCGGCAUCAAGAUGGUGUCGCGGCCGAAGAAGACCGCCCAGACGGCCCCGACCAUGGUUCCCAUGAUCUCGACCAUGUCGCGGGAGAACAACGGCCACCCUUCCUACAUCUCCACGGUGGCGGGCAUCCUCUCCACAGCGACCACCUCCGUUUCGUCGGGCGCAAGCAUCAUGACGUCAGCCGCGAUGGGCAACGUGCAGCAGCACCAACACCAACACCAACAACACCACCAGCAGCAGCAGCAGCAGCAGCAGCAGCAGCAGCAGCAGAACGUCCCGAAGAAACCCGCCAAGCCCGUCAAGAAGAACCACGGGUGUGAGAUGUGCGGCAAGGCCUUUAGAGAUGUCUACCACCUGAAUCGCCACAAGCUGUCGCAUUCGGACGAGAAGCCUUUUGAGUGCCCCAUCUGCCAGCAACGCUUUAAGAGGAAGGACAGGAUGACCUACCAUGUUCGCUCUCACGACGGGGGAGUCCACAAGCCCUACGUAUGCUCGGUGUGUGGGAAAGGCUUUUCCAGGCCGGACCACUUGAGCUGCCAUGUGAAGCAUGUGCAUUCCUCCGAAAGACCUUUCAAGUGUCAAGUAACGGCCUGUACCUCCGCUUUCGCCACCAAAGACCGACUGCGUUCCCACAUGAUCCGGCACGAAGGCAAGGUCACCUGCAGCAUCUGCGGGAAGAUGCUCAGUGCGGCCUACAUCACCAGCCACUUGAAGACUCACGGACAGACCAACUUUAACUCCUGUAACAAAGCUACACCUGUGACCAUUUCCGCCCCCAUCACCACCUCGAUGAACCGGUGCCACUCCAACAACCCUGUCACCAUAGCCGCACAAAUGAACAUUAGCACCAACACGGUGAACAUCACGUCUCCCCUCGGCCUCCACCACCCGGUCACCAUCACCGGGCCCGUCAACAUCGCCUCCGUCAACAUCCCUUCCACGGCGUCCAUGAAUAUCGCCCACCCGGUCGCCAUAACGACCACCAUGCCCAUGAACAUGGCUGGUCCGCUCAACAUCGCCAUGAGGUCAAUGGAUAGCAUGCCUUUUCUGUCCCAAGUCUUGCCUUCUUCCCCACCCUGGUAAAGAAAGAAGAAGACAAAAGAAGAGUUGAGAGAGAGAGAGAGAGAGAGAGUGAGCAUUGGACUGGCCAGCAAGAAAGGGAAAAUGAAGUGAAACAAGAGACUCCUGUCCUCAUCAUUUGCACCUCGAGCCCGUCUCUUUUCUCCCACCCCCCCCACCCCCUUGAACCAUGUUUACUUACCCCGAGGUGAACAUUGACAUGAGCUGCGCCGCCGGUAGGAGCUCCCCGAGUCACAGCUGCGUCCCAACUAAUGUUAAGCAACUGACAUGAGAGGCAGAACACUUGAGUAGAAAUCGAGUAGGAUUUUAUUGUGAAAUCAGGACAACCGCCGUAAGACUUAGUGUAGUCAGUUAGAGUGAUGAAACUGUGAUUUGUAUAAUGACAAAUGAGAGGAUUCCCUCAAGCACCCUCCUGAGGACUCCGUAGGAAAACACACCUGUGCUUUUUUCUAAAAGGGAGAUGAGAAACGGACUGAAGCAAUAACAAUGAAUUGCUGUUUUUCGAUGUUUUACAAGUUCUCUCCCAAAGCCUCUGGGUGUUACUUUGUAUGUUGUUUUUUUAUUUUUAUUAUAGCCUGCUAAUCACUAUUUAAUGUUAUAGGAAAUGAGUCUAGAAAAAGGGACAGCAGCUUCCAUUUGCAUGGAAGAAUAUUUUUUCACAGUGCUAUAGCUUUUCUUUUCUCAGAUAGUAGGUAUGCUCUCAAGGUACAGUGACUAACUUGUACAGUUGACAUAGUAAUGUAUUUUCAUGUCGGCAUUUUUAAUAUUUUGCUUUUGUCAUUCAAGCGGAUAUCUCGACGCUGUCCUCUUGACAACGACACAUGUGUACUUUGUUUUCUUUUGGUAUGGAAACACGGAGGUUUUGUUUUUUUAUUUGCCUAUUUUGUAGUGUUCAUUUUUUCUCUCCAUGAAGUCAGAAUGGAACGAGUCUUGCACUGAAAGCAUAUCCUACACACAGGUGAGCAGCAGUAUUAUCAAAGAUCAAAUUGGAGUCUUAAGUGUUGUGGUUAGCCGGCCUGCACCUAGAGGGCUAUCUAGUGGCUGAACACGGAAAGGCCCGGCCUUGUAGUGAAGCUUUUUCAGGCUGUUGCUGUCAUCACUAUGGUGACUAAUAAGUUUUGUCUGGCUCUUCUGAACACUGUUUUAUUUUUAAUAUUUUUUUUAAUCAUCUAUCUGUGAACGCCCCACGAUGAUACUAAGGACCCUUCACUCAGGAAACACACAUAAAAGCCCAUUACACAUGAACUUCCUUUUAAGUAUAUCUACCAUUUAUCUUGAUUCUUGUUCCUUUUUAGAUUUGUCGAUAUUAUUUGGUAUGUCAUGUUAAAAGACUUCCAUCACGGACAAAGAAGUCCAAGAACUAUUGAUUUUAAACAAAGCCGUCCAUUUAAAUAAUCAUUUACUGUGCAAUGGCAUACAAGCUGUACCUUUUUUCCUUUUGAAGUUCAGCCUCAGGCUUCAUAGGUAUGUGGCUGAGGGUUUGAUGAAAUGCAAGUUUGUGUCCAUAAAAAUAAUGGGACAAGAUUGAUGUUGCAUGACCCCAAACACUGUAGCUGUUGAACAUGAACUAUUUUUAAUGAAUGCCAUGUUAUCUCAACAGUGUUGCAGCGCUGAGUUGAUUCAGUUCAUACUGAAAAAUGCAAUAUGCAUGUUUGUCAUUUUCCCCCCCAAAGUUUUGUUUUAAACAAAAUGUUAGCGUAGCUUUUUUUCUUUGUUCUUAAGCAUUUACGUAGAAACACUAUGAUAGCCUGUUUGCCAAAUUUGAUACAAUAAUAAUGUGAUAAACUGAACAUUUCUGGUGGAAUUGAACAUCUCUUUAUUUUUUAGGAAAAGAAAAAAAAAUUGGGAAUUCCAGGACCCUUGUGAAAGCAGUUGAAUGUAUAUCUUUGUACAAAACUAUUUUAGUUCCAAGGAUAUGGUAGUUACAAUAGAUGUGAAAGAUAAGAUAACCUUUUUUUUUAUAAAUCUUUUGUAUUAGAACAUUAACAAUGGUAAUUUUGUAUAUAUGAGAGGCUAGGCUUUCCGAUUAGCAGAAAGGUCAAACAUUCCUACAUUUUUUUUAAAUGUACGUUUGUCAAAUUAUUACAUAAACAUGCGCAAUGUUAUGUGCCUUUUAUUUGGGUUGUCUAAAUAAAAGAA